AUGGCAAGGUCUGGAUCCAACUCCGGCAAUUCCCAUGGUUCACGUGGUAACCGCGCCCCGCCCCGUGCCGGCACUCCUGGUUCACGUGGUAACCGCGCCCCGCCCCGUGCCGGCACUCCUAACGGGACGGCGAGUCGCCAAACCAUGCCUGCCGGCACUCCUAACGGGACGGCGAGUCGCCAAACCAUGCCUGUGAGCACUCCUAACGGGACGGCGAGUCGCCAAACCAUGCCUGUGAGGUCGACCGGCGACCUCAGGGGUCGCCAAACCAUGCCUGUGAGGUCGACCGGCGACCUCAGGGACGUAAUCAACAGUCACCGUCAGGGCGGACCGGCUCCACCUCCUCCACCCAACAGUCACCGUCAGGGCGGACCGGCUCCACCUCCUCCACCCCCAGCCCCGGGCUUUCAGGAGGGGAUGGUCGCGCUUCGGCAAGCCACAACGGUGUUGACACAGAUCUUGGAUGGACUUCAGGGGAGCUUGGCGGCCGCACCACCCGGUCCGUCACGACGGGUGGGAGCUCCGAGCACCCGCCAUCCUCCAACCCCCGAACCUCGCAUGGAUGCGGAGGUCAACUCCCCACGACCUUCGGCAAGAAGGGGAGGGGACGAGGCCCCUAGAGGACGACCCACGCAACGUGAGACGGGUGGAGCCCGGCCGGUUCGAGCUACCAAGUCCGCGCUCGGGCGGUUGGGCACGCGGGUCCCGGUUCGUGAACGCCUCGACUUUGGGCCUCACCACGAGGUGCCCGCCGAGGGAUCGGCGUUGCGUCGAGCCCCGAGCGCUGAGCCCCGCGCCGCGUCCCGGCAUGAGCAGGCCUCGCGGAUAGAGCAAUCUGGUGAAACUCGAGGCCGACCCUCGGGAUCGCCUCACAACGAAAUGGAACAGUUGCGCAGACGAUUGGACGAGCUCCAAAGGAGAUUGGAGAUAGGGGAAGGAGCACCGGUGCCGCAGGAGGCACUAACCUCACCCUUCACGGAGGACAUCAUGGCCCAGCCCCUGCCACAAGAUUUGCGCUGGCCGACCAUAAAACUUUAUUCAGGGUCGUCCGAUCCUCGGGCUCACAUCAACAGGUACCGGGCGGCCAUUCUGAUGAUGGACGCCAGCGACGCCGUUAUGUGCCGAGGCUUCUUCGCGACCCUGGACGGCCAGGCUCAGGAUUGGUUCACGACCCUACCCGAGGGGUCUAUUUCAUCCUUUGCCGACCUCUCGGGGCGAUUUCUGUCACACUUUGCAAGCAAUAUCCCAAAGAAGAAACAAUUCGCGACCAUGUGCAAGUUGGAACAAGGGAGCACAGAGAGCCUGACCGACUACCUAGCUAAGUGGAAGAAGGAGGCGAGGUCAGUUGACAACUUCGACGAGAACGCGGCCGUGCCAAUCUUCACUAGCAACGUCAGGUCAGGACCUUUUCAUCGUGACCUCGUCCAGAAUCCGCCAAAGACUUAUGCGGCAUUUCUGGAUCGAGCAACGAGGUUCGCGGAGGCGGAGGAGGCCGAGCGGAAGAAGAAGGAAGAGGAGAGGGGGCGUCGAGACAAGGCCCCCCAGGAGGACCGCCGUGCUCCGAGGCCCCCGCGCCAAGGCCCACGGUUGGCCCCACUGCGUUGCCUCACGCCCCUGACACACCCGCUGGCCGCCAUCCUAGAGCAUGCCGAGGUCAUGGGUAUCGUGUCGUACCCGGCUGAGUGUUUGAAGAUCUCGCCCAACGCCGACCCCAACAAAUACUGUCGGUUCCACAGGCAGAUAGGGCACGACACGGAGGAAUGCAUGGUCCUCAUCGAGGAACUCAUUCGAAAGGGCUACCUUGGCCAAUACGUAAAACGACCCAGCCAGGGCAAAGCUCAAGGCCCAGGCAACGUUUGGAAAAAGAAGGGUGGUUCCGGGCCACCCGCUCCCGGGUCCCGCAAAAGGGAACUCGACCAACCCACGGAGGAAGAGGAGAAGGAAUCGGAUGACUCCCACCCCCCCCAGAAGAAGCAAAUCCAUGUCAUAUUUGGGGGGCCGGAAGGGGGAGACACGCAAUCGGAGAGGAAGAAAUGGGCUCGAAGCCUUUACGUAGGGGAAGUCGUCCGUCAGCCACACGAAAAGAAGCCAAGGAGGGAUCCCAUUGUGUUCACGGACGAUGACCUCCCGGAGGGCCCCCUACCACACCGCGACGCAGUGGUAAUCAGGCUCGACAUUAACAACAUUAUCGUGCACCGAGUGCUGGUGGACACGGGGAGUUCGGUGAAUGUCAUGUACCAUGACACAUUCGCCAAGCUGGGCUUGUCGAGGAAGCAGUUGAUGCCGGUGCGGACCCCGUUGGCGGGGUUCACGGGGGAUUCCAUCGAGGCAGAAGGCUCCAUCAACCUGGAAGUGGAAAUAGGCGACCUACCACACGUCAAAAGGUGGGAGGUUGAGUUCGUGAUUGUGAGACUCGGGGGCGCGCACAACAUCAUCCUUGGCCGCCCAGCCUUAGAGGACCUCCGGUGUGUCAUAUCUAUGGAGCACCUGUGCCUGAAGUUCCCCACCCCCACCGGGGUCGGGACAGCGAGAGGAGAUCAGAAGGUCAGCCGGAGCUGUUACUUGAAAGCGUGUCGCCAAAUCGGCAGUAGGGACCUCCAGGUCCACACCAUCGCCGAGAAGGCACUACAAGGCGAGGAAAAUCGGCCCCGUGCCGAACCCAUAGUAGAGACGGAGGAUGUAGUGUUAGACCUCGGACGGCCUGAAAGGGUCGUGAAAGUCGGAACGGGACUGCCGGCCGAGCUACGGGGCCGGAUCAUAGAAGUCAUCCGGCGCUUCAAGGACGUGUUCGCCUGGGGCCCGGAGGACAUGCCGGGACUCAGUAGGGAAGUGAUCACACACAAGCUGGCGGUCGACCCAACGAUUAAGCCGAUACAACAAAAGAAAAGGUACCUCUCGGCGGAGAGACGGGAAUUUGUGAAAAAGGAGGUUAACACCCUCUUGGAGAUCGGGCACGUCAGGGAGGUCUUAUACCCUGGGUGGCUUGCGAAUGUGGUCCUCGCACCCAAACCGCCGACGUGGAGGAUGUGCGUGGACUACACGGACCUCAACAAGGCAUGCCCAAUGGACCCGUUCCCGCUCCCGAACAUCGACCAGCUGGUGGACGAGAUAGCAGGCUGCGCGCUCAUGAGUUUUCUCGACGCAUUUCGCGGCUAUCACCAGAUUUUUAUGCACGAGGAGGACGAGGAAAAAACGGCUUUCACCACGCCUGAAGGUGUUUUUUGCUAUAGGGUGAUGGCCUUCGGGCUCAAGAACUCCGGGGCCACAUACACGAGAAUGGUCGCCAAAGUCUUUAAAAAGGUGCUCAGCCGGAACCUACAAGCCUACGUCGACUACAUGAUAGUUAAGAGCUCGGACACCGACCUCCACACGGAGGACUUAACAGAGGUAUUUUCAAUUAUGCGCCAGUUCGAUUUACGCCUAAACCCCAAAAAGUGCACCUUCGGGGUACAUGGGGGGAAGUUCUUGGGGUACAUGGUCUCCAAGAGGGGCAUAGAGCCCAACCCCGACAAGGUGAAGGCCAUACUAGAGAUGGAGCCCCCGAGGUCCCUCCGCGAGGUCCAGCGCCUCAAUGGUCGCUUGGCCGCCCUCGGACGCUUCCUUUCGAGGUCGGCCGAGAAAUCCUUACCUUUCUUCGGGGUUCUCAAGAAGAGUAGCGGUUUUGAGUGGUCGGCCGAGUGUCAGAAGGCCUUCGAGGACCUCAAGGCCUACUUGAUGUCCUUGCCUCCCCUGGCCAAGCCGGAGAAAGGGGAACUCUUAUAUUUGUACUUGGGUAUCUCGCAAGCCGCGAUCAGUUCCGUGCUGGUCCGGGAUGAUGCGGGAGUACAAAGACCCGUGUAUUACGUGAGCAGGGCCCUACGGGGGGCAGAGCUCCGAUACUCUCCAACAGAGAAGGCCAUAUUCGCUGUCGACGCCACAGCAAAAAAGUUAAACCAUUAUUUUCAGGCUCACCCAGUACACGUACUCACGAACCUACCGCUGGAGGCGGUGCUAAGGCGCGCAGGGUCGGCAUCCAUUUCAAGCCUAGAUCAACCAUCAAGGGGCAGGCCCUCGCAGACUUCAUAG